AGAAUGUUAUUAGGUUAUAAUAUCUGUAUUUUGUGUCCAUAUUUUGUUUGCCAUAAUACAUAACGUUUCCCUUAAAAUAUACAUCGAUUUCCUUCGAUUAUCGAUAUCACGAAAAUUAUACCACUUAUGUAUAAGAAAAAAGUAUUGUAGUAUUAAUAAGCAAAGGAUUUUACUGAUCAGUAGACACAAUGGAAAAUGCAGCAGCCUCAAUUUUGAAGCGAGCUGUCGAAAAGGAUGAAGAGGAACAGUAUACUAUGUCCCUUUUAUUAUACCAAGAAGGUGUACAAAUACUUCUUGACACUAUAAAAGAGACAAAGGAUCCAGUUAAAAGCAAACAUUUUACUGUUAUGACAUCGCGAUAUCUGGAUAGAGCAGAGAAAGUAAAACAAUUAGUCGAAAGAAAGAAAACACAAGGUACAUACAGAGAAUUAAUAAAGAUUAAGGAUGGCGCAAUUGGUUAUGGAUAUAAUAGUCUUUUUGGUAGAUUUUUGGACGCUAUGGUUACAUAUAUUCAAAUAGAAGAUCCAUAUAUAAGGGCAUUUCAUCAGUGUCAAAAUUUAGUAAGAUUAUGUGAAUUAGCAGUUCAAAAAUGUCAUUCUCUAUCAAAAAUAUCUCUCAUUACUACAUGCGAUCCAGAAGAUUUCAAAAAUCAAUCUAAAAGACUUGAAGAAUUGAAACACAGCCUGAACUCGCAUCUUAUAUCAUUUGAAAUUACAUAUUCUGAUACAUUACAUGACAGACAAAUUGUACUUAGCAAUGGAUGGAUAAUAAAAAUAGGACGUGGUUUAGAUUAUUUUAAAGCACCUAAUGGAAAGUUUGUUUUGGGUUAUUGUGAUCUUGAAUUAAGAUCAUGUCAGGAAACUACAGUAGAUAUCUUUCAUAGUAGUCAACUGAAGGAUAAUGUACCAUAAUAGAUAAAAAUGAAAAGUACUUAUUAAGACGCGA